UAUGGGUGAUGUUCAAUGAAGAUUGUCCACUCUCAAUUGUGGAAGACUGAAACUCGAACGAUGCGUGGCGUUGCUCUGUUGGCUUUCUGCUUGGCGGCUGUGGCAGCCGUGCCUAGCACUUCAAGACUGAGUGAUAAAAGUUUAUCCACUAUCGACCAGUAUCCCUCCAGCGCCUCCAUCCUCAGCACUUGGGAUGACAUCGCCUUGGUUUAUGUCUGCGCCGGUGUCAUCAUCAACAACAGGUCUAUCCUGACAGCUGGCCAUUGCAUGUACUACCGUCCUCCUUCUCAAUACCGCGUCCGAAUUGGAUCGUCUUACACCAACUCAGGUGGCCAGGUUCUACCCGCCUUACAAUUGAUCAUACACCCUGACUUCAACGACGCUAAUUUACAUUCUGACCUGUCUAUUGUCCGCACGCCAGUAUUUACCUACAGCCACAACAUUCGGCCCGCACCUAUUGCUGGGUACAACCUUGCUGACGACCUGAACGUUUGGGCUACGAGCUGGCGCCAAAUUGAGGGAGAUCGCCAAAUCAGUGAGGAGCAGGUCGUGACUAUUAGCAACGACCUCUGCAGAACUCGCUUUGACGGUAUCGACGCUGAAGUCACCUCUGACGUAGUCUGCACCAGAUGGCCUAAUCAAGAGUUCAAUGGCUAUUGCAGUGGGUUCGGCUCUGGCAUAUACCAGUCUGGCAUCCUCGUCGCCGUCCACACAAACUGCUUCGGUUCACGCCCCGCUAUCAACAUUCGCGUGGCCAACUACACAUCUUGGAUUCAGUCGAAUGCCUGAAAUGUU